GAGCCCCUGACGCCGCCGGACUUCCACCAGAUGCUGCCGCCGCCGUCACUGCCGCCGUCACUGCCGCCGCCAUCGCUACCACCGCCGCCACUUUCCCCUCCGGAGGACUCUCCGGCGUGGCACCAGCCUGUGGGCAUCGGCAUCGUGCUGCUCGGCUGCCUCUUCAACGCCGCGAGCCUCAUGAUCAUGAAGUACAGCGCCGACACCGAAAAGCGCAAAACCGUUUUCUUUCCCCCGAGACGCCCGUGGCUCUAUCUCGGGAUCGCGCUGCUCCUUAUCAGCGCCGCCGGCCUCGCCCCCGCCGCGCUGGCGCUGCUCCCGCUGGCGAUGGUCGCGCCCUUCGGCGGCGUCACGAUUGUGUUCAGCGCACUGCUCGCCGCCACCGGCGUCUGCAAGGUGCGGGAGCCUCUCUCGCGCGCGCAGAUCGUCUUCAUCCUCGCCAUCACCGCCGGCGUGACGCUCGUGAGCUUCUUCGGCCCCAAGGAGGAGAAGGUAAUCACGACCGAAAUACUGGAAGAGCACUUCAAACAGACCGCCUUCCUCGCCUUCGCCAUCACCGCGUGGGUCUUCCUCGUCGUGUUUUGCACGACGCAGCACCUUCCCUUCGCCGCCCAAGAGCGCUGCCGCCUCAGCGCCGCCCUCAAGCGCUGCCGCCUGAGCACAAAGACAAUCGCCGUCGGCGACGGGUUCGCCGCAGCCUUGUUCGGCGCCUUCUCCCAGACCUUUCUCAAGAUGGUCGCCGAGGUCGCGGAGGUCACAAUCUCCCAAGACGGUGAAAAGGCGGGCGAGGCCUGGACCAGCUGGAUCCCUUACAUCUCGAUCCUCGGACUGGUCGUCUGCGCGCCGAUGCAGCUCAUCUUGCUCAACCUCACCCUCCGCGCCAUGCCCGUGCAGUAUGCGGUGCCUCUCUACCAGUCGCUGCUCAUGAUCGCAACCAUGACGACGAGCGGCCUCUUCUUUAAAGAGUUCUCCGACGAGGCAUGGGCGUGCAAGCAGGACACCUGCGGCCUCUACCCUUCCCUCUUCGGAGCCGGCGUGCUCAUCGCGCUCGUCGGACUCAUCGGUCUCUCGCGCAGAGCCGACGGCAAGGGGGCGGAGCUGGCCGAUCUGCCCCACCCGGGCGCAGAGGCGGUGGCGGUGGCGGCGGACGAGAUCUCAGAGGCGUUCGGCGUCGAGGAGGUCUCGACGCCGCCGGGCGGGGGGGAGCGCGAGAUUAGCGAGCCGCCUCCGUACGGCGCGCGGCGGGUGGGGGAGUCGACGGAGCAGCUGGUGGACGACGACCAGGAUGCGGACGCGCGAGUGUAGCCUCGCCAGUCGAGAUCUUGUGUGCGUGGCGUGUGUAAGUCUCCGCAGACUCUCUCUCAUCACAAGAAAGAAA